AUGGCAUCGAACUGGGUGUUGCCGGGCCUAAUCGGGAUCCACGUCUGGUUUGCAGCAUACGGCAUAAACGCCAUGGUAGUGGUGAGGCUCCCUCAAGCCAGCCCGGCGGCACGCGGCUGGAGAACAGCGACGGGGCCGUGGACAGAUCAAAGUCGAAAAGCAGAACGACAUGCGCGCUUCGGCAAGACGACGCUGCACGGAGAAGAUUACAAUAGCGCAAUAUGGCAUCAGCACAACGACAAUGGCAGAAUACUGCUCAGGCCGGGUGUGUCCAGACUCUCGUUACUCACCAGCAAGAUCAUCCAGCGUGGAAUCGCCAAGCUGGCAAGCCCGGAUGCAUGA